CCCUUCGUUUUCGCUUUGCUUAACCAAAUCCAAUUCCGAGUUGAUUGAAACCUGCAUCAAACCCUCGGCCAGCGCGAGCCUAGCUCGGCAUCUGAGAUUCGCCCCCCAACUUCGCCGGCGGCGGGGGUCAUCGAGCCAGCAGCCAUGGGCGGCGACUGGCAGGAGCUGGCCCAGGCGGCGGUCAUCGGCCUCCUCUUCGCCUUCUUCGCCGCCAAGCUCAUCUCCGUCGUCGUUGCCUUCAAGGACGACAACCUCCGCAUCACCCGCUCCCCUCCCGCCGUCCCUUCGCCUUCCCCCGCUGACCCUCCGCCGCCCCCCGCCUCCCUCGACGGCGGCGUCGGCAGCGGCAGCGACAGCGACGGGGACUGGGAGGGCGUGGAGAGCACGGAGCUGGACGAGGACUUCAGCGCCGCCUCCGCCUUCGUCGCGGCCUCCGCCGCCUCCGGCACCAGCGUCCCCGAGGAGGCCCAGCUCAGGCUCUACGGCCUCUACAAGAUCGCCACCGAGGGCCCCUGCACCGCGCCGCAGCCAUCCGCGCUCAAGCUCAAGGCCCGUGCCAAGUGGAAUGCUUGGAAUAAAUUAGGUGCUAUGCCUACAGAAGAAGCCAUGGAGGAGUACAUUACAAUUGUUGAUGAUCUAUUCCCUAACUGGGCUGAUGGUUCCAGUGCUAAAAGGAAAGACGGGGAUAGCACAAUGUCUGCCUCAGGUUCGAAGGGACCGAUGGGACCUGUAUUCAGCAGUUUAAUGUACGAGGAAGAUCAAGGAAAUGAAUCAGAACUUGGCGACAUCCAUGUUUCAGCAAGGGAGGGAGCAAUUGAUGAUGUCAAAAAGCAUCUGGCUGCUGGUGUAGAAGUCAAUAUAAGAGAUAGUGAAGAGAGAACUCCAUUGCACUGGGCUGUUGAUCGUGGCCAUCUGAGUGCUGUCGAGGUUCUUGUCAAUUCAAAUGCAGAUGUGAAUGCUCAGGACAACGAAGGGCAGACGGCACUUCACUACGCCGUCCUCUGCGAGAGAGAAGACAUCGCCGAAUUGCUUGUCAAGCAUCACGCCGAUCUCCAGAUCAAGGACGGCGACGGGAACACGCCACAGGACCUGUGCUCCUCCACGGCCUGGUCCUUCAUGAACCCGGCAAACUGACUGACAUGACUCUCCAGACAUCCCAUUCCGUUCUUCAUGAUGCCCACUGCAUUGCCAAGAAAGAAACACACACUGUCUGUCCUUUCAUUAGCUGAAUCCGGAUGAGCUGUUUUACAAACCUCAUCGAAUAUAUACACAUAGGCUGUUGCCAAAACUGAAAAAAGAUGUUGCAGUACCAGUAGUGCAGGGAGACAGACAUCUUUGUGUAGUGUUGCUUUAUAGCUCUACGAUUUACCACUGUGUUGGUGUAUUUGUGCUAGAAAAAGGGAGUUCCAUAUGAUCUGUUGCAUGAUUAUUAGUGAGGUCUCUUCCGCCUCGUACUGUCAAUAUCCAUCUUUUUUAUUGACAGCCCUGUCAAUAUCCAUCUUA